UUAGGCCGAUAUAUUAUACUCCUAACAAUCAUAGCGAGCUACCCUCUCUCUCUCCUCUCUCUGUCUCUCUCGGCUCACAACCCAUAGUGAUGGCGCCUUUGAGAGGUAGAAAGAAGAGGAGAGUUGAGAAUCAAGAUGAAGAUAAUAAAUCUUUGGCUUCUUCUGGGUCUUCUUCUCGAGAGGGUUUUGGUGAAUGGUGGGAUAUUUUGUGCAAGAAAAUUGCGGGCAAUCCAUCGACUUCGCGGGCAUUGGAUCCCUUCAAAUUGAGUUUCGCGAUGUCGAGAAAAACAUUCAACUACAUAUGCUCAUUAGUGAAGGAGCACAUGAUGUCUAAAACACAUUUCACCUUCUCAAAUGGCAAGCCUAUGUCACUGGAUGACCAGGUGGCCUUGGCACUAACAAGGCUUGGCUCCGGAAAUUCUCUCAUCUCCAUCGGGGACUCCUUCGGGGCCCAUCAUUCAACCGUCUCUCAAGCAACCUGGCGCUUUGUGGAGGCCAUUGAAGACAAAGGGAUUCACCACCUCCGCUGGCCCUCCACGGAGGAGGAACUGUCCAAGAUAAAGUGCAAGUUUGAGAAAAUCAGAGGGCUUCCAAACUGCUGUGGCGCCAUCGACACAACUCACAUAACAAUGCUGCUCACCUCCUCUGACCCGGAGGCGGACUGCUGGCUCGACUGCAGGGGGAAACACAGCAUGAUCCUGCAGGCCGUUGUCGACCCUGAUCUCAAGUUCCUGAACAUCAAUGCCGGAUGGCCCGGAAAGAUGAACGACUCCUCGGUUCUCCAGAGCUCGAGCCUCUUCAGGCAAUGCCAGAGAGGCGAGAUGCUCAACGGGCCCAAGAUGCUCGUCUCGGACAAAAUGGAGUUAAGGGAGUACAUAAUAGGCGACACGGGCUAUCCCUUGCUACCGUGGCUCCUCACUCCAUAUCAAGGGAGCCGGCUCCACGAGACGAAGCUGGACUUCAACGAGCGCCUUCUUGCAACUCACGUUGUCGCACAUAAGGCGCUAGCGAGGCUGAAGGAAGUUUGGAAGAUGAUAAAAGGCGAUCUGUGGAGGCCGGAUAAGCACAGGCUGCCGAGGUUGAUACUCGUGUGCUGCAUUCUUCACAACAUCAUCAUAGACAUGGAGAAGGAUGAGGAUUUGAUGGAGCUGCCCUCGGAUCUCGUGCACGAUGCGGGAUACGCGACGGAAAUCUGCGAAGCAGUCGACAAAACGGGCUCCGUUGUGAGGGAUAAGCUGUGUAAGUAUUUCUGUGGGAGGUAAUGUUGGUGAAGAAGAUGAUAGAAAUCUUGAAUAUAGAGAGGUGAGGUUGAAGGUGAGUAGAUAGAAGAAGUAGGAGGGUGGGAAGGGGAAGAAUUAGUAAGAAAUUCAUUCUUGUGUUUCUGAAUAAGUUCCAUGGCAAUGUGGAAUGAAAAUUUGUUUAAACUUUUUGGCUUCUACAGUUACAUAUGUUGUUAGUUUAUCUCAGUUGUUUAAUAUCAAUAUAUGCUGGUUUUUACCAUAAACAAGUAAUAGGAAAAGAAAGGAUUCAUG